AUGCCCUUCGGCCUCACGAACGCGCCUGCCUCGUUCCAAAACAUGAUCAACGAUGUGUUACGGAAGUACCUAGACGACUUUGUUAUCGUAUACCUUGACGAUAUCCUGAUUUACUCCAAGACCCUGGAGCAACACCGGAAGCACGUCCAUCAGGUACUGCAAGCCCUACAGGACGCAAACCUAUUGGUCAAUCCGGACAAGAGUCAGUUCCACGUCCAGGAGGUAGUUUACCUCGGACACUUGAUCAAACCCGGACAGGUCCAAAUGGACCCGGCGAAACUAGAGGCAGUCAAGGACUGGCCCGUACCAACGAAUGUCAAGGAAGUGCAAUCCUUCCUUGGAUUCGCCAAUUAUUACCGAAGGUAUCUGAAAGGUUACGGAGGACUGACGAUCCCCUUGACCAACCUCACGAAGAAGGAUACCAAGUUCGAAUGGACACCUGAGUGCCAAGCAGCCUUCGACCAGGUUAAAAAGAACAUGCUUGAAGAACCAGUCACACGAAUGGCCGACCCAGACCGACCAUAUGAAUUGGAAACCGACGC